UCCUGUAGCAGCUCUCAGUGUCGCUCGACCUCAUCAGUCUUUGAGUCCAGGGCAAAGCUGGUGAUCGAUGACGGGACAGGUGAGGCACACGUCGGGUUCUCAGGUGUUCUGGUUCGUCCUCUGCUGGGAUUAGCCGAUUCUCAGUGGGAGGGGCUUCAGAGGGCACUCAGGGUCAGAGGUCACAUCAGAGUCUACCCAAGGGGGCGGAGCCUGGUGUGUGACUCUGAUGACUCCCUCCUACUCUACCUGCUGUGUGUGUGCAGCAGUGAUGUCGUGUGUCGUCAGCUCUCUCUCACCUGCAGGAAAAACACCAACCAGAGAGCAGAAGAGACAAAGAGAUUCAGCAGAGGAGACCGAGACUUCAUCACCAGGAUGACUCCGCCUCUACAGCUCACCUGUCUGGAAAUUCACUAAGGCACAGAGCUCAACAUUGCUCAGACUGACCUUACCUGUACACACUGACCAACAGAGAGGAAGUCAACAGCAGGAAGAGGUGGAGCCAGCUCACCAUUUUUUUUAUGUCAGUUUGAUGUUUAUAUUUUAGUUAUUAAAUACGUUUUUAAGUUAUUAAAACAUUAAACUCAAAAGUCUUAGAGUUGAAAUGUUACUUUCAGGAAUAAAUUAAAAUAAAAUGUAUUUACAUUUUGUUAUAAAAUGUUAUAAUAUAUCUAUGUCCUGUCUGCUGUGUGGCGUCAUAAUAAUGAAGAAUCAGCAGGGGGCGCUUCAGUGCUUUAACUAUUUUCUGCUGUGUAACAUGAUCAUUGACUUUGCCUAGCAAUAGAUGACCAUGUGUGUUACUGGAGUUUAAUUGGCUGAUAGGCCUGUUUAUAUAUUUUUCCAUCUGUUUAUUAUCAGAAAAAAUAUUCUGAUGAAUUAAAAACUUAAUAUAUUUUCACUUUGUUUUCCUGUAUGAUGAUGUCAUCACAGAGAUACAAUCAGAAUACUAAAACUGUUUUAUUUAUUUUUAAAGAAGACGAGCCUGCACACUUAGUCAACACUACAAAAAGUGACUUUAAAACAUUUUGUGGCCUGGAAUAAGAGCUGGCUCGUCUUCUUUUUCUUGUUGCUGUUUUUUACUAAACCCUGCAGGUAUGUGAUGUCACUUUAAUCACCUCCUCCAACAGGUACAAUGAUGUCAUCAGGAUCAGACCAUUAAGUAAAUAAAAAGGAUUGUAGAUCCCCACUUAAUGUAAAUACAUGUUUAUAUCUUAAAUUCUUAUUAAGUAAAGAAUCCACAAGUGUUUACAAAUGAAGUAAAAAAAAAAAAAGAAAACAAUCAGGACGUGACAACAAACAAAUAACUUUAUCAGCAUGAUGUUUAAUCACUGCCAUGGUGAUUAAUUCCAUGUUUGUAGAGCUGUUGAUGUUUUUCAGUGAAAUAUUCACAGAGGUGUCACAUUAAUGACUUUCUGACUUCAUAGUUUGAUUAAAAAUAUGAACACUAAAAUGAA